ACGAGCCAAACUCAGGCUAUACCUGGAGCAGCUGAAGCAGCUGGUGCCCCUGGGCCCCGACAGCACCCGCCAUACCACGCUGAGCCUCCUGAAGCGAGCCAGGAUGCACAUCAAGAAACUGGAGGAGCAGGACCGCCGGGCCCUGAGCAUCAAAGAGCAGCUGCAGCGCGAGCACCGCUUCCUGAAGCGGCGCCUGGAGCAGCUGUCGGUGCAGAGUGUGGAACGUGUGCGCACAGACAGCACGGGCUCUGCUGUGUCCACCGACGACUCAGAGCAAGAAGUGGACAUAGAGAGCAUGGAGUUCGGAUCCGGGGAGCUGGACAGUGUGGGCAGCGGCAGCGACGUGGAUGACCACUACAGCCUGCAGAGUGGCGGCUGCGGUGCCAACUUCGGGCCUCCCUGCCGGCGGCCUGGCCGCCCUGGCCUCUCCUAGGCCAGCGCCCUUCACUCCUUGGCCUGCCCGCCCGGCUGAGCGUGUCAGCCCUCCUGUCCUCCCUUGACCGACACCAGCCUCUCCACGGGCCACUGCUGUGCCAUUCUGGAAGCUCCAGCUGCCGCCUGGGCUUGUCUGCCUGCCUGCCUGCUGGUCAGGGCCCGCCGAGCCGCCCGCCCGUCCUGCCCGUGCGGGGCCCAUGGCAAGGGCAACAGGGCAGAGCACUGCGUGGUCGCCCACGGUCUGUCAUCAGAUUCCUAAUCAUUCCAGAAGUAUUAAAUGUUCAUUGCUGCAAA